UCCAUGCUAAAAAAUGUCUGCUUAAUUGAGAUGCAGCUUAUUAGACAAUAGUGGUUUUUAACAAUGAUGCUGGCUGUCUUGUGGGGGUCUUGCGGUCCGGAUUAGUUUGUGUUGCUUUUGUGACUUGUGAUGUGUUCUGCAGUUUUUAAUGGACCCAUGCCUAUUCCAUCCAUAAAAUGAUUGUUCUCUGUUUCUCUGUUUCAGUGAUGGCAUUCUCUCUAUCUCUGUUCAUCAUCAUGUUCUCCUUAGUGGAUUCCAGCUUAGCACAGGGCAAAACUGUUCCUGGUGGCUAUAUGGAAGUAGUGUGGGGCGUGGUGGCGGCAGCAGGUGGGGCGGCCCUGGCCUCGCUGAUCUUGGCUGUGGUGCUGCUCUGGCGCCUGCGGCGGAUCACAGACGCUGAGGUGCGCAGCGGGGUGGCGCCGCUGCUCCUGCUGCUUGCCACCAUCGUUGGGCUUUGCACGCUCACCGCCACGUACCUCCUUGACCACAAUGAGUAUGUGUGCAUCGCCCGGCGUGCUCUCUGGGGGCCACUCUUCGCCCUAUGCUUUGCCUGCCUGAUUAUUCAGGGUGUGCAGCUGUGCUGGUUGGCAAGAGGCACCCAAAGCCCCAGAAGAUGCUGCAUAGUAGGCCUAGCAGUGGCCUUGGCAAUAAUGGAUCCUGAAUGGAUCCUGUUAAUUAAUGUGGUGCAUCAGGGCCGGCCAGCCUGUCAGUAUGAAGCACUAGACUUCAUACUGGGCUGCACCUACCUGCUGGGCCUUCUGCUGCUGGCUGCAGCCUGCAGUCUUUGCAUGAAGAAGCUGCAGGCUAAAUGGAGGGCUGCAUGGUUGCUCGCUACCUGCAUGAGUUCUACUCUGCUGUGGGCGGGCUGGAUGACUUUCCACCUCCAUGGCAAGGUAGCGCUUGGCCUCACUGACUGGGACGAUCCUGUGCAGGCGGUGGUGCUGGUGGCGCAGGCAUGGCUGCUGCUACUACUUCAUGCAGCCCCUGAGACGCAUGCCUACCUGCGCCCGUCCCCACCCUGUCCAAGGGAGGCCAGCAACUCAGGUGCAGCCUGUCCUGGAGGUCACCAGAAUGGCAACAGGGACAACAGCGUCGAGCAGCCCAUCGACCUGGUCGUUAUUGUGAACGAGGAAGCAAGCCAUCUGGGAAGCUGAUGCUCCUUUGGUUCCUUUGGACUGUGCCAGCCCACUGCAGUAGAUGUUAAAAAUAAAUAACAUGUAUGAAAAUAAAUAAAUAAUAUAUAUACAUAUGUGGAA